GCAGAACAGUAAUCUUCAGUCUAACAUGAAUCUCAACAAGUUUGUGAUUGUUCUCGGUGUGCUGGCAAUUUUUCUAUUUGGUUUCCUCAUAACUUUGGUCAUUCUUGACCCCAUCAUAUGGCUGGUAGUGUACGAAAAGACGGAACUCAAGUCCGGUACACCAUCUUUUCAACAGUGGAUGGAUCCAACAAUUGAUAUAUUCUUCGAAGCAUAUUUCUUCAACCUAACAAAUCCAGAUGAGUUUCUAGCUGGGGAGAAGCCAAUAGUCCAACAAAUGGGGCCCUAUACCUACCGUGAACGUCGAUUCAAAACAGAAGUCAAAAGGAGUCUCUACCCAACCAUGUUUACGUACAAAGAGGUGAAACAGUACAUUUUCGACCUUGAACGCUCUGCAGGCCCAGAAACCGAUCCAAUCACAACAGUGAGUUUGGGCUAUCUGGGAGUCGAUGUCAAAUUUGGCUGGCUGCCGGAAUUGGUGACAAAAGUGGUGGAGUUUUUAGAGAAUAGAACUGGUGAGCACUUGAUCAUCACCCGCUCCGUAGGUGAACUGAUGUGGGGCUAUGAAGAUCCGUUUUUGGCAUUGCUCAAAAAGGCAUUCAUUCCUGUACCGAACACAAUGAUUGGUCUAUAUCUGGACAAAAACAACACUGACGAUGGAAUAAUUACGAUCUACGGGGACAACAAAGACAAACAAAAUUAUGGGCACAUCUAUAGGUAUCGUGGUUCAUCCCAUUUAUCAUGCUGGAAAUCCGAUCAAGCGAACCAAAUCAACGGUUCUGACGGCUCACUGUUCCAUCCAUUCAUGAGCUCGACUGAGGAUCCGUACGUAUUCAGUGCCGACAUUUGUCGCUCGGUUCAGUUGCAGGCAGUAGGAAUGACCAGACUACGCGGUGUCCCGGUCAUGAAGUACUUGCCCUAUACAGACACGUUUGAUUCUCCGCUAACCUCGGAAAAAAAUCGAGGAUUUUGCGUCAACUGGCCAGAUUGCAUGGCGGACAACAUGUUCGACGUUAGCACAUGCAUUCCAGGGGCACCGAUUACAAUGUCGCUACCACAUUUCCAAAAUGGUGAUCCAUCGUAUCGAGACAGUGUGAUUGGACUCAACGCAACAGAUGAACUGAACACCACUUUUUACAUCGAGCCAAUCACCGGAGUUGUGUUCUUUGCAGCCAAAAAAUUGCAAAUCAACGCGGUGGUCAAACAAAAUCAUCGAUUCACUGAAUUGGCCCGUGUGAAGUCGGUCUAUUUGCCAAUCAUGUUCAUGAACGAGAGCUUCAGUGUGGACGAUGAGACGGCCAGAAGCAUUCGGUCAUCGAUCUAUGUGGGCCCCGUUGUUACCAAGACAAUAAUGUCCAUCAUGGUGAUUGUACUGGCCGUGGUUGUCAUAUCGAUGGCCGUAUACCACUGUGUUCGUAGGAGGCAUAUGACGCCCAGUUCAGCGGCUUAUACACCCAUUGAGGAUGCGCAUAUCGCAGAGGGCACCACACUUGACAACGAUGAUAAAAACGAAACAGACACCCAGCCUCCCUCGGCGGUUGCAUAGCCAUCAUAAUGUUCACCUGUCUUUGCACACCUUCUACAGCGUUGGAUAUUUUUGGAAAUCUUUGAGUCUUGCUUUCACCUUGUUCACCUCCUUUCCCAAGGAAUCACCUUUCAUAUGUACUCAUAAAUUAACCCGUUUGCUCCACCUCUAACGCGUAGGACAAUUCAUCUUCGCGAGGUGUGCAUGCGUGGUGAUUGAUUGUGAACUUUCAUUCUUGGUACAGAUUGAUUUUCAGCCCCAAUUUAUGCUGGAAUCGUGUAUACAACCAAAAACC